AUGGCUGCUCCUCCCGUCAAGAAGGCGUGCGACGCCUGCCACAGGAGGAAGGUGAAGUGCAGCGGCGACCAACCAUGCAACAACUGUGCACAAACCAAUCUUCAGUGUACCUACCUCGCUAUUCCCCAGAAGAAAGGUCCCAAAGGAUCUCGUGGUAAAGUGAUCAGCGGGAUCCGAAGCACUCAGCAAGACACCAACCCUCCCACCGCUUCGGCGUCUGCUGUGCCUUCGUUUGAGAAAGAGCCUUCGUUCGACUUCAGCAGCCCGCCCAAGUCGCCUCCCAAUGCGCAAAAUGUCUCGCUCCUGAGCAGGCAGACAAUCGAAAAUUGCAUCGACUUCUACUUCAGCAACAUGUCGACUACGGCGUGGAUUCUUCACUGCGGAGCACUUAAGCAUGCCAUCGCUUCCCGCCUCAUGACCGACCCCGAGCUAUACUGUCUCACGGGUUCGAUAUGUGCAUUUGUCAUGGUUCAGCCAGGAAUGAAUCUGGCCGUGGCCCCCGGAAGCUACUAUGAGGGUGAGCCUCCUGAAAAUCGAUAUGGCUAUGCCAAUAUGAUCCUGAAUGACAUUAUACGCACCCGGAAGUCUAUCAACUACGUCGAGGCUCCCACGUUGGUCUCGGUCCAAACAGCCUUCUUCUUGUUCAGCUGCUACUUCACGCUGGAGGAGCAGAACGUAUGCUGGUUUUAUUUACGGGAGGCUGCCACUUUGGCUCAUUUGAUGGGCCUGCACGAAGAGUCGUCAUACCUACUCAGUGAUCCGGUCGACAGCAGGUACAGAAGGCGUAUGUAUUGGCUCCUCCUUGUGACCGAGCGAGCAUAUGCCAUGGAACGACACCGCCCGCUUACGCUUCACCCAACAAUCGAACUGCCAACCACGCAUGACCAACAGGAGGAAGAUAUGAUAUCGGGCUUUUCAUAUCUGAUCAGCCUUUUCAGUUGUAUUGACGAUGAAUUCAUGGCGCUUUGGAACAAAGUCAAAACCGAUUGCUCUGCUACCUGGCUGUCCCGGCUCCAGCAACAGCUGAAGGAUGCGUUACCCAGUGAGCUCAAAACGACGGAGAGCCAGAUCGCCGAUGUUCGGGUUACGAUGAACUGGCUCCGCAUUAUGGUAUGGCAGCUUUCCAUCACGAAUGGAUAUCUGUCCUCGUCCUCGAACGACUCCUCCAUGACAUUCAAAUAUCCCAUCGAAGUGGCGAGGGACCUAGUUCGAGAGCUCCAAGAUCUAUCACUCGAUGCAAUGGAAGUCCACGGCGUCGGAUUGAUCGAGAAGCUUUUCGACAUUGCCUGCACGCUGACCGAUGUCAUCGCCUGUGUGCCCUUCGACGUGUCGACGAAUGAGACACCAUUCGACACACUCAACAAGUUACUCAAUCUAAUCUCACGACUACGCGGCGGCGCAUCCCGCUACCUUCCACUACUCCUCACCAAAGUCUCAGAAACACUACCAAGCAUAGCUCAACCCGUCCCAGUUGACCUUGACCCAUCGCAGCUGAGCAUAACGCAAGGAUAUGCCGGUGCGACUGAUAAUCUCCCUACCCCAGCACCGGCACAAUACUCUUCUCUGGGGAGUUUCGGCCCGGAAGGCUUCACCUUUGGCAGCCAGUAUGCUCUCAACCAAAACCAAGAACAGGCACCACAGCACGACAGGAGUCCAGCCGGGCUUAUGUUCGACGGGUACAGCCCGAGCGUCGUCGGCACUGAGGCUACAAGCAACCUCACCCCGAGGACGUUGGGGACACCUCCUGCUGGAUACUUUGGGUUUCUCGGGCAGAUAAAUCCACCGCAAUCUCUGUAUCCAAUUCGCCGGAGUGUACCUGUCGGGACAGAACCGAGUACUCAACACGACGGAUAUGCUGGCUGA